GAUUCGGCAACACACGUGAGAUCUCAAAGUUGAUCCAAGCUCUUCAGUAUAGCUCUAUUUAUGGUUUAAAACAAUAUUAAGUGCAGAGGAUUCUCUUUAGUUGGUGUAUCCAGCUUUCAGCAAAAGGAAAAUACAGAUGACGGCACAGGAGGAACGUCUGUGUGGGCUGCUGCUGCAGGAGCACUUUGGAGAGGUGGUGGAGAAAGUGGGCACUCAUCUCCUCCGCAGUGGCGUUCUGAACCUACGAGCUCUUGUUCAUGAGACCAAACUUCCUCUUGACUUGGUCAAGAAGUCCGUGUGUGUGCUGGUGCAGCAAGGGAUGUGUUCGUUUAGUGCAGGGCGUCGUGGUCCAGGGGCACCCGUGGAAUACCAGAUCUGCUGUGAGAAAGUUCUGCACAUGCUUCGUUAUCCACACUACAUCUACACAGCCAAGAGUCUUUACGGAGACACAGGGGAGCUCAUUGUUGAGGAGAUACUGCAGAGAGGUCAGAUGACUAUGAGCAAUACAGUCAGUACUGUAGCAGACAGACUCACCCACAAUAUGCCAGAGGGCCAGUGUAUGGACUACAGUGAGGUUGUCACUGCAUUUUCCCGCUUGGUGGAGACUCAUUUUUUGCAGCGCUCUCCCUCCGUGACCCCAGCAGGAUCUUCAACCUCGGGUGGAGCUGACUCUAACCCUCCUGCUGUAACGCAGCCCAUCCAAGCAGAGACCCACCCAGACUGCUACAAACUUCCUUACAUCAAUAUCAGUGGUAAGGGGAAACGGAGACGCAGUGAUGAUGGUGAUGCUGACCAGAGCACUGCAAAGAAAGCCAAGACUGACAACAGUGAGUUUGGCGAUGAAGGGAUCUACUGGCAGGUGAAUUUCGAACGGUUUCACCUGCACUUCAGGGAUCAGGCCAUCGUUAGUGCUGUUGUCAGUAAACUUGAUCAGACCAGCAGUGAGAUAGUUCGAACCAUGUUACGAAUGAGCGAGGUAACCACGCCUGCUAAUGCUGCGUUCACUCAAGCUCUUUCAGCCAAUGAGAUUUUCCGAGCUCUUCCCUCCACUUACAACAUCGCCAGGCCGAUUUUAGACCAAUACCUCACUCUCCUUGUUGAUGAUCCGAUGGAAUUUGUUGGGAGAACGGGGGACAGCGGAGGAGGGAUGUUUGUUGUCAAUUUGCAUCGUGCACUGGCUAACCUGGCCAGAGCCACUCUGGAGUCUGUGGUCCAGGAGAGGUUUGGUUCCCGUUCUGCUCGCAUCUUUCGUCUGUUGCUACGGAAACGACACCUGGAGCAGAAGCAGGUGGAGGAUUUCGCCAUGGUUCCAGCCAAAGAGGCCAAAGACAUGCUGUACACACUUCUGUCUGAGAAUCUGGUCCAGCUACAGGAAAUCCCAAAGACACCAGACCACGCCCCCUCUCGUACCUUCUAUCUGUACACUGUGAAUCAGCUGCCAACAGCCAGAUUACUGCUUCAACACUGUUAUAAGACAGUUGGAAACCUGAUCGAGAGAAGGCUGUACGAGACCAAAGAGAACAAGCGACUUUUGGAAAAGUCUCAGCGAAUCGAGGCCAUUCUGGCAUCGCUGCAAGCCACUGGGGCCGAGGCCGAGCAGCUGACAGAGGUGGAGGAGAUGAUCACAGCUCCAGAGAGACAACAGCUCGAAUCUCUACGGCACCACAUCAACAAGUUGGAUUCCAGUGAAAACCAAGUGGAUGAGACCAUAUUUCUUAUCGAAUCCUACAUCAAAUCCACAAAGUCCUCACGCUGAGCGAUAUUUAGAUAAAUGCAGGCUUGUUUAAAUAAACACGUUUAUGUUUGAUAAACUUGAGAACAGAAGUGAAACUGGAGAUAAUGGGUCACCAAAAAGGGUAGAAUUGUUCCUUUAACGCAGGGAGAGGUUGAUCCUUAUGUGAAAGUGGACACUGAGUAUUGUGUAGUUUUAUUUUGCAGUGGGUUAAAAUAAAGAUGCAAUUUUGUUUUAUCUAUUGGUUUUAUUUAUCACUGUCAAAAAAGCAAAAACAAUUUACAACCUGUGCAUUGACCUUAAAAACAGAUAAGACGUUGUGAUUUCUAACAAGAAAAAUAAUUAAAUAAACUAAUUGCUAAUAAACUGCUUGUUUAAACUUAAAUACAGAUUUCAUUAUUUUGAUUUUCACAAAUAGUGCACUUGCUUGUCCGUCUGCUCGUUCAUUUCAUACAAUGCCAUUGUAAAUAAUCUCACUCCUGCCAUGAAACAUUUAACCUGUUCAGUGGAUUGUAACUUGACCAUUAUGACCCAGCGGGGUAAUGGACUGACCCACAAUGAAUGUGUUCCUGCUGAAACAUUCAAAGUUCUCAGUAUUUACUGUACAUUUUGGUUAAUUAGGUUUGGCUUUCAGCUACCUGUAUGACACUUCAGUAUAGGGGGCAAUUCUCACUAUUAACUAGUUGUUAUUAGCAUGCCUGUUAUUGGCAUAUUGGCUGUUUAUUAGUACUCAUAAAGCACAUAUUCUGCAUGACCAUACUCUACAUCCCUAAUCCUACCCAAUACCUUAAGUUAACAACUACCUUACUAACUAUUAAUAAGCAACAAAUUAAGAGUUUAUUGAGGAAAAAGUCUUAGUUAAUGGUUUGUUAAUAGCGGGAAUUUUCCCCUAUUCUGAAGUGUGACCGUGACAUUUUCUGCUCCGUUUAAAACAGUUUGCUGUUCAAAUCCAUUCAACAGAUGAUUCCUCAAAGCAUGAUAGCAUGAAAGGCACGGUCCAGAGAUUGUGUCUGUGACUGAUCAUGGAUGAAUAAGUGUUUCUGGAGCAGAAUCAAUGAUCAUGUCUAAAAUAGGAAG